AUGAGUACCCAUGUCGAGACCCCUGGUGGUGGAGGAGAGCUUUCAUUUUGUCGCCCAAAGUUUCAACCAGCAACACGACGGUAUAAAGAUGAUCGCGGCACCACCAACAAUAGAAGCGACGACACCAGUGAUGAUGUGGAGGCCAUCCUCGCACAAGGAAUGAAGGAUUUGACAUUUGAUGAGCUUCAACUGGAACAGGAAGAUUUGCACGGUGUGACGGAGACCAGUAUAGUGGAAAAUGAUGCUUAUAAGACGGAAGAACUUCUCCUCUCAAUUCAAACUCACUUGGACCGAAUAAAGGAGGGGUCCGUAUAUGCAUCUGCAGAAGCCAGGGACCCUUCAUAUGUUUCCAACCGAGACUUUCGCUUGAUCUUUCUGAGGUGCAAUCGAUACGAUCCAAAGGCAUCAGCGGAGCAAAUAAUCCGGUUCUUUGACUUGAAGCAAGAACUAUUUGGUGAAGCAUCCCUCACUCGAGAUAUCACCUCACAAGACUUGACUGAACAGGAUAUGGACGCUCUGAUGAAUGGAAGAGUUCAGAUUUCGAAUGCUACUGAUCGAUCUGGGCGUUUGAUCGUGCUGGGAUUCCCUGGUCUACGAACGGAUGUCGAUAUCUUUCACGAACAACGGGCUCUCUUCUACUUGGGGAUGGACAUCUGUACCUCGAUUGAAGAUACAAGGAAAGGGUGCAUCAUUGUAUCCUAUGCUGUAGGGAAAUUUGAAGACAAAACAAAUGGAGCUGGCUUUCGAGAGGGUAUGAAGCUCUCGCUAGCUUUGCCCACCAAUCUUGGUGGUUAUCAUUUCUGUUUCGACAAGCCGGCAAACGCCAUUGUCGCCAAAUAUGCCAUGUCCUUGGCUCCUCCAAGCGUACGCGCCAAAACAAGAAUUCAUUUCGGGAGCCAUCAAGAGUGUCUGUACCUGUUGUCCAGCUAUGGUAUUCCACGAGAAGCAUUCUCCUUUUCUAGGGACACCUACGAAAUGGAUCUCACACAUCAUCAGUUUUGGUUUCAGCAGUGUCAACAAAAAGAACAACUGAAGCAUGCUACUACUACAACUACUACAACUACUACUACGAAUAAGGAAACCAACAACAACAACAACAGCAACAACAAUCAUGUCAAGUUUCUUUCGGGACUUUGGCAAGGCGAGACUCCAACGGAUAACGAUGUCUUGUGUGUAGGUCGAAGGGUGAAUGGAAAGGGGAAUCAACGAUUAAUAUCAUUGGCCGCUUUCCAUUUGGAGGCAUAUGACAAUGGGAAUCUCAAGAAGCGAAGAGUCCUUGUCGAUGAUAUAAUGCAAGAAAUUCGUGCUGCUGGUGGACGGUUCUUAAAGUUGGAUACGUCCUCUUCGAAAGAACAAGGCAAAGGUUGGGUACAGGUUCCCGACAAGGAAAUGCGACAGAAGAUAUGCCAGACUUUUCGAAAUCUAAGAUACAAUCGUCGAGGUAGCUUGCAACUCAAAUUGGGUAAUGGUAGUGUCCCAUCCGGAGAAUCGUCAUCCUCGGCCAGUGCUCCUGAGAAUGGAACAACAACAGCUCAAGCAGCCACGGCCACGACAAUUGUGGAUUCAUUCACCCCACACGAUGUUCUGUUUGGCAAAAUGAAGGAUCAUGCGGGUAAUGAAAGACUACGAGACAUGGUCCAAAAUUCGGCUUCGGAAUACGAUGCCGGCCAUCGGGGCGAGAAGCUAGUGUUUGUGAACGAUAUCAUUGUACGGAUAAAAAAAAGUGGUGGACGAUUCUUGAAACCAUUGGAGGAUGGUCGGUGGGAAGUUGUAUCCGAUAUGGAUGCCGCGAGAAAGGUUGGCUCCCAUUUCCGCAACCUUAGACGCAAACAUUGGAGAUAG